CUUCUAUAUAUACACCCAACUUCCUUUACUACAUUUUCAAUUUAUCAUCCCACCAUUUAUAAUUUCCAACAUUCUCUCUCUACCUCUUUCUCUCUCUACAAUUCUCCAUCACACAAAAAAAAAAACAACCUUCAAAAACAAAAAUGGCGAAGGCAGGAAAACUAACGAAGUUAAGAUCAGCACUUAAAAAGAUGAACUCUUUUGGUAAGCUACGACGCGAGAACAGCGUAAACUGUACACCUGCACCAUCUGAUGAGUGCCACGUGUCCAAUCAUAAUAAUAUUGGACUUCACACUGUGUACGUAGGAAAAUCUUUACGACGUUAUCAGGUAACAUCAGAAGUACUUGAUCACCCUCUGAUUAAAGAGCUUGUUGAUAAAUCAGACGGCUGUGAUGAUCACACCACAGUUAUUGGUUGUGAGGUUGUUUUAUUUGAACAUUUGCUUUGGAUGUUGCAAAAUAUUGACUCACAAUCUGAGUCUUUGGAAGAUUUAGUUGGAUUUUAUGCUUAUUAAUUUUUAUGUUGCAAUUUUUAUAUUUGCUUCAUUUUUCGAGAGAAAAUCCCAUUUAAUUAAAUGGGGUUUUUUUUUUUUUUUUUGGUAGAGUGUAGGUUGUAUAUUGUAUUAUAUGAUCAAUUUUACUUGCUUGAAGAAAUUCUUUUUUUAUAAGAGAAUGAGAGAUUGAAGCUUUAGGCAUAUAAAAGGAUUAGAUUGAAAAAGAAGAAAAAAAAAUAGUAUAAAAAAAUCCAAAAAUAAGUUUGGAUUUUUGUUAUUAAGUAGAGUGAUUAUUAUUGAUAAAAGAAUUGUAUUGCUACCAUGUUGUUAGCAUUAUUAUUUGUAUCCAAAAUUGAUCAAUUGAAAUAAUAUAAUAUCAUUUUUGUGAUUUA